GUUUUGCAACAUCUUUGCACCCAGAAAGUGAAUCGACCAUCAUGUCGACCGCAGCCAAAUUAACCUUUAUUUCCGCCUGUAUCGCUAGCGGUAGUCUCAUUGCUUACGUCCACUACAGUCAAGCAGCUGAUCGCGAGCGAUUACAUGAAGGCGUACGGCGAGAUGUGGAAAGACAACGGUUGAAGCAUCUUGUCGCCGGGGCAGAAAAUGGACCGAUUGCGAACAACGAUUCGGGACCGAGAUCAAGCGGAACUUUAGCGAGCUAAAGUCGACUGAGCGAAUGCGUAAUAUAAUGUAUUAAUUUGAAGUCUUCUGCGAUGCGUAAUUAUCUUCUCCUUAUGAUACGUUAGU